UUGACUAUGUACAGCGGUAAAAAAUUAACAGCAAAAUGCUAAAACAAUGGUGUCUUUACAAACUCCGGCUAUGGGAUCCACCUAUAGGAUAGCUUAUUUGCUUCCUUUAGUUUAUUCUCUUUUUAUGAACCGGUGUACACCCUGAGCUCCACGGACUCAACUCUUUUCAAUGUUACCAAAUGCACAUAAGGACUACAUGUCCCAGUGAUCCAAUUUAUAUAUUUUCCCCCACUUUUAUUUGCCAGUGCCAAUAUCGUGGACAGCCUAAGCAGCCUUUUGUGUAGGGAAAGAAUUGAUCAUGUAUAUGAAAAAGAAGAUCAAAAAUCCAAUGAUAUUGGCCACAUUAUUCUUUUGCUCAAAGGACUAUCGAAAGGAAUGCCUGUGAAUUUCUGUAAUAUAUAUUUAUUAUGGUUCUUGUAAUAUUGCCUCAUGUAUAGUAAAGAAAUGUUUUUUUUUAUGUGGGAAAGCCUGUGAUUUUAAAGAUUGUUUUGUCAUAUUCUCAAUGUCCUUGUUAGUUCUUGUCUCAACUCCAUCUUGUAGCAGUCAUUAAAGAAUUAACCCCAAAUGAUAUUGUAAUUAUAAAAGUACAAAGGUACAAAAUUUAAAUUUAGAAUUAUAUUACAUUUCAGAACAAUGCAGAACUGUAAAUAUUUUACCAAUUGUUGCCUUUUUUAUUUCAUUAUUUAUUGUGAUAUUUUUUUUCAGAUCAGUCCACUUGCUUUUCAUUGGAGGCACUUACAAGAUUGUUGUAUUAUGCUGUACAGUAAAUUUUAUGUUGAGGAAAAUAACUAAGACUCUGAUGUUUUAAUCGCUGAAUCACCAAUACAAGAGAAGGAGAAAUGACAACCACAAAAGUAAGGUUAUAAUCAUUAAUCCAGGUUCAGGCACUAAAGAAAAAUGCUUUACUGAGUGGCUGUUACAGUCUCGACACCUAGAGCGCUUCGUCGCCUGACCACUAGAGGCGCUGUCUGUACAGUACGGUUAGCCAUUAAACAGACAGCCAUCUGCCGCAGUCAGGAACGCAACGCGGAGUAGUCACUAGCCAGCGGGAAUGGAAAAUGGAGGAUUGACCUAAGGAAUUGCGAGGACAUAAUAUCGAUGAUUUGGUCGUAGUAAUCCUGAACCCACACAGAGGUCGUCUUACUAGACACCUUUCUUUUGAAGAAGCACAUUGUUAUGGCCCAUCACCACUGAACUGCAGAGAUUGAGGUUGAAAGUAGUGCUUGACUCCAUCAUCUAUGGAGGAGACUUUGAGCCCUGUGCUCUCUCUAGCUCCCCAGCCAGAGCAGAGCCAGGAACCUUUGGAUAGCUGCGCUCAAGCUGCCGAUACAGAAACUCAAGCAGAGGCUGAGUGCCUAGAGCCAGAGGACAAUGGCAGUAAAGAGCAGCUAGAGGAGUCUGACCAAUCUCCCAAAACCACCGGCGAGGUGAGGAAGACCUGGGGUUUCCGUCGGACCACCAUCGCCAAGAGAGACAUGCCAGUAGAAGCGGUCGUUGAGCCCCAGGAGAGCCGUGGAGGCGCAGUCCGCCGCAGCGGCAGGCAGUCCAAACGUACAGACAAGCUCGAGGAGUUCCUAUCCUCGACGGCCAAGAGGGCGGCGAGGAGGAGUGGCCCCUCCAGCAUCGAGAGCGGCGACCCUCCGUCCCAAACCCCGACGGACGCGGAGACCGCCUCGGAGGCCAGCUUUGACGGCAACGCUGACGCCAAGGCGGCGGAGGACAAGUCCCCCUCCCCGGAGAGGAGGACAAGGAGCGGCACCAGGAAACAGCCAGCCGGUAAGGCCCGGGGGGGCAGGAUGACGAGGAGCCGCGGAGGAGGGGCCACCGGCACCAAAGACGACGGAAGCUCAGAGAACGACGAGGACAGCGAAGAUGAUGCCGGCACAAAGGACCAGCCACAGAACCACAGCCAGGAGGGGACACCGGAAGACGGGACAGAGGACUGUCCCAAAAUCGAGGUGAAAGAGGGCGGAGAUUUGACGCAGGUUGGCCCUGAGCCGGAACCUGAGAAGCAGCAGCAGCAGGAGGAGGAGGAGGAGGAGAAGCCAGAGGAGCUCGAAGGUGAGAAGGUCAAAGAAGAGCCCAAACUGGAGACUGGAAAAGACAGUGAGGAGGAAGACAAGGAGAAGCCUCCCGGGGGCUUUGUGAAGCGUGGGCCAAUCAGAACCUACACCAAUAAAAAGAAGGUUGCACCAAUUAAGAGCACCCCAGUGACACCAGCUGUGGGUAAACCUCCUCCUGCACCUGCCAUGAAGGGAGCCUUCACGGCAAGGAGAGAACCCAACAGGCCCAAUGCCCAGCCGUCCACGCAGAACCGCAGGUCCCCAGAAGGCCCCGGAGAUGACGAAGAAGAUGACGACUCCUUGACCACCACGUCCGCCACAUCGUCCUCCUCUUCGUCGGACUCUGAAGAAGCAGGCUACGACCCCAAUGCCCUCUAUUGCAUCUGUCGCCAGAAGCAUAACAAACGGUUCAUGAUCUGCUGCGACCGCUGCGAGGAGUGGUUCCACGGCGACUGCGUGGGCAUCACGGAGGCCCGCGGGCGCCUCAUGGAGAGGAACGGCGAGGACUACGUCUGCCCCAACUGCACCGCCCGCAAGAGCCAGGUGCUGCGGCCCGCCACCGGCGCUCUGGCCACGGGCCUGGACGCUGCCAAGGCCCUCGCCGAGUCCCGGAGAGUAGAGUCUGGCUCUGGGGUCAACCAUGCCAGUGUGGCCUCAAUGCUGGGGGGAGCCGCGGAGGAGAAGCUAGGAGACGACCCGGGGAUCAAGGGCCGGAUAGAGAAGGCCACCAACCCCACUGGCAAAAAGAAGAUAAAGAUAUUUCAACCGCAGGCACUACAGCAGACGGCAGGGCUGAAGUCACCACCGGCCGCUGACCAGAAGGUGGCGCCAAACACAGAGCAGAAAGUAGCUUCGAUGGUGGAGGUGAAGACCUCGCCGUCUCUGGGAACCGACCAGGCGGUGGAGGUGAAGGCCGACACCUCCUCCCUGCCCAAGUGCAUCGGGACUGGCUGCGAGAACAACGCCCAGCCGGACUCCGUCUACUGCGGCAACGUGUGCAUCCUAAAGCACGCGGCAGCGGCCAUGAAGUCCUUCACAGAUGCCAAGGAGCCCAAGGAGGAGGCCCCGGGUCAGAGGAAGCCAAGCACCAAGUCUACUGCCAAGAGGAGCGCCGCCGGAGGGAAGACUGCGAAGGCCAUCGCUGAGGAGUCGGAGGAGGACUACAGCGAAUCGGACAGCGAGGAAGACAGCGACGACGAGCAGCACGGUGAAGAAGACGACGAUGACGAGAGCGCCCGGGAGCAUCCUCCGCCGGCCGCCGCUGCAUCCUGGUCCUGCGACCAUAAUUACAAUGCCGUCACGCCAGAAAAGACUACACCCAUAUCACCAACAGUGUUAAACAAAAAGUUGCCCCCCAAAGAGGAGAAGCAGAGUGAGAAGGUUAUGGAGCAGGAGCAGGCUCCUGCUGAGAAGCCCGCCGCCUCCACAACACCGGUCAAAAACAAGAGGUCUCCGGCCACCAAGCCAGCGAAGGCGAAAGGACGCAAAGCUUCCCCUCAGGGCAGCUCAAGGGCAACCAGGAAGCAGGCGACGGCCGCCAGCAAACCCGGCCCAAAGUCCAAGAAACCGAGCGCGCCUUCCGCUCCAACCCCUUCCACAUUCCAGGGCGGGCCCGUGCACAUCACAGGAGCGCUGAGAGUCACCAAGUCCAACUUCACCAUCCCAAAGAAGCAGGCUCCGCAGAAAGACCCCCCGUCCAACAGCCACUCGUCCUCCUCCAGAGGGCCCUCAUCGUCAUCGGCCUCCUCUGCUCCGUCCGUCCCGUCGUCUUCCAGGCCUUCCCAGCCGACCGCCUCCCCGGCGCCCCCCGGGGCCCCGGCGGCUCCGCCCAACAACCAGAUGAGGCAGAACAUCCGACGCUCCCUCACCGACAUUCUCUACAAGAGGGUGAGUGACAGUGACGACCUGAAGAUGACUGAGAGUGAGGUUGGCCGGAUGGCGGUGUCCAUCGAGAAGGAGAUGUUUAACCUGUGCAUGAACACGGACAGCAAGUACAAGAACAAGUACCGCUCCCUCAUGUUCAACCUGAAGGACCCCAAAAACAAGGGCCUGUUCUACAGGGUCGUGUGGGGGGAUGUAAGUCCCUUCAGGCUGGUCAGACUCAGUGCAGAGGAGCUGCUCUCCAGAGAGAUUUCGGAGUGGAGGAAGUCUGACUCUGAGUCCCACAGCUCGAGUGGCCGAUCCCACUCAGGGUACUCUAAAUCAGGCCACAGGCGGGAGUCAAGCUCCCAUAGCCUGGAUCUGGAGGACGCUCCACCAACGUCAGAUGCCGAUGACCAGGAGGAGUCGAGCUGCGCUCCGUCCUCCUCGGCUCCGGGCACCGCCGUCGAGACACCAGACAUCUUCAGCAGCAUGCUCAACGACACCACUGCCGAGCACAAGAACCACAUCUUCGACAUCAACUGCAAAAUAUGCACAGGUCAGAAGUCUGAGGAUGAGCCGGCUGCCAAGAAAGCCAAACUUGCCAAGAAGCCCGAGGCCAAGCCACCCCGACAGGAGUCGCGCUCGUCCAGGGAGGCCCCUCCUGCUGCCUACCAGCCGCACAUGCCCGCAGCCUACCCCCCUCCUGGGCCCCAGGCCUAUCAACACCAAGACACCCUCUCAUACCACCAGACCCAACCCGUGUAUCAGCCCAGCAUGGACGCUCCCGUCCACUCCGAGCCACAGGCCCAGCCUAUGCUCUACCAGGAUGACUUCGGUGGUCUGGUACAGCCGGUCAUGACCCCUGCACCUAUCGCCAUGCCAACCGUAUCCUCUGUGAGCAUCACCCGCAGGGACCCCCGCAUGGCCAGGCACGGAGCCAGCGUCACGGUCACCCAAACCCCCUCUCUAACGACGCCAGUUCUGCCCCUCUCGUCAUCGGAGCCCGCCAACCCUCUGGUCGUUGUCCCAGUGGAGCCGGCACUCAAGGGGCCUUUGCCCAUGCCUCCAGCCCCCCCACCUUCAGUGACCCCAUCUAAAGCAGCAAAAUCCAGUUCCAAUGAUCCUCCCUUGGAAGGAGAGACGGCCAUCUUCCUCCACGGUCAGGAGAAGAUUUGGAAGGGGUUCAUCAACAUGCAGUCCGUGGCAAAGUUUGCCACAAAGGCCUUCUUGGUGUCUGGAUCCUUUGAAUAUCUGAAGGAGGACCUGCCCGACACCAUCCAUAUCGGUGGCCGUAUCUCCCCCAGCACAGUGUGGGAUUACGUGGGGAAGCUGAAGACCUCCCUGUCCAAGGAGCUGUGUCUGAUCCGGUUCCACCCGGCCACGGAGGAGGAGGAGGCGGCCUACGUGUCCCUCUACUCGUACUUCAGCAGCAGGAAGCGCUUUGGUGUGGUGGCCAACAACAACCGGCGCAUCAAAGACCUCUACCUGAUCCCGCUGAGCGCCCUCGACCCCCUACCCCCCAAGCUGCUGCCCUUCGACGGCCCAGGGCUGGAACCAGCCCGACCCAACCUGCUCCUGGGGCUGCUGAUCUGCCAGAAGGACAAGAAGCGGGCCGGAGCUCUGUUAGAACACGAGGAGAAACGAUCCAAGCUGCAAGCCAAAGACAUGGAAGACACAGGCCUCCCCAAGCCUCUGACCUCCAUCAGAGCUGAGAAGACGAUACGGUCAAGCUUGGAAAUUCCCUUCAGCACCACUCCUCCGGGCUCACCUCCGCCCCUCAGCACCCCCGGACCCGCGGGGAUCUCCUCCAUCUUUUCCCUUCUGUCCUCAGUCAAGGCGCCGGCCGCCAUGGCCGCUCCCCUCGGAACAGACUCGCUGUCUGCCUUGGGCGUCGCCGGCUCCUCGGCUGCCAGCGCCACCCCUCUCCAGACCAUCCUCAACACUCUGUUCGGGAAGAAGAAGCAGGACUCGGAGGCCUCCGACUCCCCCUCCCAGCCCGGCGGGGAGCCCUCGGGGGCCCCGGCCACCCUGCUGGACCCCAUCGUCCAGCAGUUUGGACAGAUCUCCAAGGAGCGCCAGGAGGAGGAGGAGGAGGACGACCGGCCGUACGACCCAGAGGAAGAGUACGACCCCGGCUCGGGUUACAGCGCACCUCUGAAACCCGCCCACGCCUCCAAGGAACCCGUCGUCCACAAGCCGGCAGAGGCCGUGGCCGCUGAGCCGGACGACGUGGCGUACGACCCGGAGGACGACUCCAUCUUUGACGAGGUCAAACCCGCAGUCCCGCCUCCGGCCAAAGCUACCGGAACAAACGGCCCACCGAAAGACGUGACCGACAAGGUCAUAUCUGCACCGUUCUCCCUUCCCGACGCACUGCUCACCAAGACCCUCCUUGCAAAUAGUCAUCUGUUGCAGCUGGGCAAAAAGGUGGAAGAGCUUGUGAAGGCUUCCUCUGUCGUUCCCGUGAUCAACCAGAGACGGGACCCUCGCCAGGCUCUCGCCAGCAAGAGACAGCCCAGCCAGGAGGAGCAGCCCCAGAAGGAGCCGGAGGAGGCAAAGGAGAAGGAGCGGGCGUCUACUCCGCCGGCAGAGAUGCCUCCACCCUCGCAGCAGGAAGCUCAAGAACCUGAAUUGGCCAAAAUGGACAAAGUUCAAGUCUCUGAACAGUCAGAAGAGGAGAAGAUACCACUUGUGUUCCUGCCUCAGCAGGAGAAGAAGGAGGACGUUCUCCCAUUCAUGGAGUCGGACAUUGAAGAGGUAUCAAUUCCUCUGUUGGGCGAGCAUGAGGAUCCCGAUGUAAAGGCAACCUUCAUAGAGGAACAAGAAGACGACAAAGAAGAAGAAAAGGAGGAGGAAAUGGAAGCAGAGCCAUUUAUGGUCGAAACCGAGGAGGACAAGUUCAGCCUCUGGCCUAAUUCUGAGCAUAUUCUCAAAACGGCUGAGGACUCGAAGUACGAGGAAGAUCCAGACUAUUAUGAUGACUCUGAAGACACAAUGACCUCCUCAAUCCCGGUGCUUACUCAGAGCGCUGCAAUGGGCGACCACUCCCCCCACAUGCGGCAUAUGCCUCCUUCAGGCUACAACUCAAAUAAGUACAGGCCUCCGGCUGACCUUCCAAAGCCUACCAGCUUCCCCCUGCCCCAUGUGGGGAUUCCUCCAAUGCAAGGACCCCCGUCGAUGAAUCGUCCACCACCUAUAUCAAUCCCUCCGGCCAUAGUGACUAGGCUCUCAGGCCCCCCACCCAUGCAGGGUCACCCCCCGGGCAUGCAGGGUCACCCCCCACCCAUGCAGGGUCACCAUCCGCCCAUCCAGGGACACCAUCCGCCAAUCCAGGGACACCCUCCACACAUCCAGGGUCACCCUCCACACAUCCAGGGUCACCCUCCACACAUCCAGGGUCACCCUCCACACAUCCAGGGUCACCCUCCACACAUCCAGGGUCACCCUCCACACAUCCAGGGUCACCCUCCACACAUCCAGGGACACCCGCCUCCUAUGCAUGGCCCUCGUCCCCCGAUGCAAGGUGAUGGUGGUCAGCAGUACGGCCCGCCUCCCGGGGGCUAUCCCCCCUACCAGAACCAGUGGCGCGGUCAGCAGCAGCAGCAGCAGCCACCUCCCGGACCCCCGCCCCAGAAUAUAAGAGGACCGUCACUCCCCUUCCAGCCCAUGGGCCAGAGAGGACCCCCACAGAUGUUUGACCACUCUAUGGCCCCCCAGCACAUGAGGCCGCAAGGGCCCCCGCAGGGUCUUCCGAUGCCCCCUGCUUUCGACGGACAGAACAGCUUGGCUCCGCCACGAUUCCCUGGACCCCCUCCGCCGCCGUUCAACUUCCAUGGUUCCAGAGGGCCUCCUCCCCCGUUCACCGGCCCCCCUCAUUAUGACAACCGACCCCCGCCCCAGCCCCACUUCCCCGGACCAAGAGCGCCGCCGCCCGCUCCCUACCGGGACCACGGGGCCCAGCCCCCCAUGGCCGAGCCCCCCCGAGGCCCCGUUGAUCCGUACAGCAAGGACGGCGCGGGUCCUUUCAAGCCGGCCAUGGACCCACACCAACACCCCAAUCCCCUGCACAUGUAUAAAGACAGCCAGGCGCCCCCUCCCUCUCCAGGUCCCUCCUUCAGGGGCCCCCUGCCGGACCCCUAUCCAGACCGACGAGGUCCGCCCGAUGAGAGCGGCCAGUCCUUCCAUCCGCACUACAGAGACCCCCGAGCUCACUCUCCACCCCAACAUCGGGCGUCCUUUGAGGACCCCCGGGGGCCCGCUCCCCCAGAGAGCCGGGGACACCCGCCCCAUCAAUUCAUCGGCGAGCGGUACCGCCUCGAAAGACUGCCGGAUGAGAUAAGACCCCCGCGUCACAGCGGGCCCCUCCUGCCGACCCCGUCCGAGGGCCCAAUAGUGCCGGCGGGCCGCAUGGGGGGCCAGAGCCCAGACCCCCACAGGGAGGAGCAUUGGCGCCAGCACUCCCCUGACAUGAGGAGACGGAGCAGCUCCCAGCGCGAGGACUCUGAGCCUCGCGGGCUAGAGCGCCUGAGCCGCUUCGACGGAGGCCCCCGGGAACCCUCUGCCGGACAGGCCCACCUCCCCGACGACAGGCAGAGGGAGACGGCCGAGGACCGCCGCAGGGACCGGGAUCGGGAAGGCCCCCCCCAUGCGGGAAGGCCCUCCUGGGACCGGGACCGGGGUAAGCGCUGGAGCAGAGAGCGGGAGUGGGACAGAAGCAGAGAGAGGGACCGGGAGAGAGACGGAGAACGAAGCCGGGAGCGCAGCAGGGAACACAGUAGGGGACAAGAGGUGGAGCGCCACCGGGACCCAGACGUAGAGCGACACCGAGACCCAGAGGGGGAGCGACACAGGGACCCAGAGGGGGAGAGGAAAGAGCUGGACAGACACCGGGACCCAGAGGUGGACAGACACCGGGACCAAGAGGUGGACAGACACCGGGACCCAGAGGUGGACCGUCACCGGGACCCAGAGGUGGACCGACACCGGGACCCAGAGGCAAAUAAGAGGCGCGACCGGGAGAGAGUCCGGGACAGAGAGAGGGAUAGAGUCAGGGAGAGGGACCCGGAGAGGAGGGAGGGA